AGAGGCAGUUUAUUGUCAUUUUUGAUACUCCGUGGUUAAUCUGUUAUAUUUCAUGUACCGACUCAUUUCUCAACAGAUUAUUCUGGUGAGGUAGCCGGGGGGCGUGAUAUCUAAUCCGUCGUUUUCAUUAUCCCAAACCCAAAACCUAACUAUCUUCUUGCCGCUUAUAUAUUCAUGACGUGAAAACAAAUAUUUGAAUCUUAAUAAUAGUACAUUUCAAAUGCAGAACAUUAAAAUUAAUGUAUUUAUUUGGCAAACUACCUACCAUCCAUAUCAAAAGGUUUUGAAAGCUUAUCAUCGUACAUGACAAUUAUAAUCAAAUCUGCUGAAUUUCAAAUUGUUAUCACUAACCACACGCGCAGUGGAGGCGCACCGCCGUCGAGUCUUGAUGACGUCGCGGGACUUUCCUCUAGCUCCGCGGUUGUCACGGAUGUGGAUGUUGUCGCGAAAUAGGGUUACUGCAAUAAAACAAGCGCAGAAGGGGGAAGAAAGCGGCGUGUUAAUCAUGAAGGGGGUCAGCGAUUCGUAUGUCACUGCGUAUUUUGAAAGAUAAACAGCCAGCUUUCCGGUAAUUGACAGACCGAGAGAGCCCGAGCAGAAUGUCAACAACGCGGCCCCUUCUUGGUAUGGUUACCGAGGUAACCUGCUCAGAAUCCCCCGGCGGCAGGCUGUCCGCCGCCGGCCACCAACCGCGGGACGCGUUGACGGAGGACGAGUUCGCAGUUCCCGAGGACAAGCAGGAAGAGUUGAAGUGUGUCAGGUGUAGGGUGGAGCAGGUUUUUAGGGUGACUUUUACCAUCAUCGGCCUCUUGGACCCCACUGUAGCCCACGGGAGCAAAGCAUCCCGGCAGAUAUGGCUGCAGCUCAAAGGAAAGCAGGACGACGUCUCCCGGGCCAAGGAAUAUGUGAAGGGAUUGUGUGACCCGGAGCUGCAGCAGGUGGAGCACUACCCGCCGGACAUGCACUGCAUCUUCGUGGGGGCCCAGGGGCUCUUCCUGGACCGGCUGCUGCGCGACACCAGCGCCGAGGUGGCGGUGCAGGAGCUGGGCCGGCUGCGGCUGCUGGGCCGCCAGGAGGCUGUCGUCAUGGCGCAGAGUCGCGUGCAGCAGUUCGUGUGCCUGUUCCGAGAGAAGCGCGGCGUGCCCGGCGACCGGGAGCCUGCCGUCAAGCGCGCAUUCAGGGCCUUCGUGGAGGAGCGGGCCGACAAGUACACCAUGGAGCUGCUGCUGCUCCCCAGCGCCCUGAAGGAGGAGUUGCUGGGUCUGGCUCAAAGCCCCACGCCCACAGCACGCACCCCAGUUCCUGGUGUGGAAGCCCGGCAACCCCUCCCCAUCCUGCCAGAGCAGGACCGCUCCCAGACCAGCACGCCCGUCACCGACCUCUCACACCGCAUCCUGGACGCCACGUUUGAGGACAAGGCGGUGGGACUGAGCUCGGAGGCCGUGCUAAACCCGCGCACCUCGCACAAGAGGCGCUCCUCGGAAAGCGAGUCCCGGGACUCCAAGAGGCAGUACUCGCUAGAGAGGAAAGACGAGGAGCUGGAGACGGACUGGUGCUGCAUAAUUGGCGACAGCCGCAGCAGGACUCCCGCCUCCGUGGCCAGCCCCGCGUCCGAGAAGGACGUGGUGGUCCUGGACCCCAGCGAGCCAUCGGACGACGUGGACGGCGUGAGCCCGGAGACUAACUUCAAGUGCCUGGUGAACUUCUUCAAAACCAUGGGGUACCCGCAGGAUGUGGUGGAGCGGGUGGUCCGCGAGACAGACCAAAGAGAGGACACAUUCCUGCUGCUGGAGCGAAUCGUAGAAGAGAGCCAUCGGUCCCAAACAGGGGACCCACGUACCACCAGCCACCACUCCUCGUCUGCCUCCUCCUCCUCCUCCUCCUCCUCCUCCUCCUUCUGCAGGAGCAGGGAUAAAGAGAGGCCACAGAGUAGACUUUUCUAUGAAUUUAAAUCUAAAGAAAACAUCCAGCCCGCCAGUAACUGCGUGGGCCCAAGGGCUCCGUGCACUGGCAGCAGUGUCCAGCAGAGGGCGACGUUGAGGAGGAGCGGCAGUGCGCAGGGAGAGGUGAUCAUCAUUGACGGCGAGGGCCCUGACAAGCCAAAGACUGCUGGGCAGCAGGUCCUGGCUAAGGCUGACUAUCUGUCUCGGGGCAGCGCCCAUCCCAUGGGGGCUGUGCGGGUGGAGACCCUGACCCCACUGCAGAGCGCCUCGGAGCGCCCCAGCUGCUCCUACCAGCCCCCCUGCAGGGUGCUGCCCUCGCCCACGAGCCGCACAGAGCUGCCCCCGAAAGCUGUGCCCCUCACCGGCGUGUCCCGCUUCCAGCAGUCACUGCGCACGCCGUACAGGCUGACGCUGCAGAACGAGCCGGGGCGCCGAGACCUGCGGCACGUGGUCAUCGACGGGAGCAACGUGGCCAUGGCGCAUGGGCUGCAUCGCUUCUUCUCCUGUCGUGGCAUUGCCCUCGCAGUGGAGACCUUCUGGAAGAUGGGGCACAGAGAGAUCACCGUCUUCGUCCCGCAGUGGAGGCAGAAGAAAGACCCCAACAUCACAGAGCAGCACUUCCUGAGUCAGCUGGAGGACCUGAGGCUGCUGUCGUUCACACCCUCCAGGGAGGUUGCUGGACAGAGGAUCUCCUCCCACGAUGACCGGUUCCUGCUCCACCUCGCUGAGAAGACGGGAGGAGUCAUUGUCACCAAUGACAACAUGCGGGACUUUGUGGACACGUCGGAAGCGUGGCGAAGAAUCGUUCAGGAGAGGCUGCUGCAGUUCACCUUUGUAGAAGAUCACUUCAUGCUCCCAGACGACCCGCUGGGAAAACACGGCCCGCGGAUCGAGGACUUCCUGCGCAAGGAUUUCAGUUAUACCCCAGUUACGAUUUCAACAAGGCCAGACCUGCGGGCAACCCCCCCAGUGUAUACAAAAUCCAGCCCUCGCCCCUCCAUCACCGCCCAGAUGAGGCCGACAUCCCAGUGGCCUCACACCGGCCCCCCUGGGUGGUACCCACCGCGGCCGUCCCCCUCGCCCCCGCCCCAGCGGUCGGCCACCGAGACCGCGGACCUGAAGAGGAAGCUCUACGACAUUUUCCCAGAUCAGAAGCAGCGCAUCGACCGCAUCCUGGUGGAGAAUCCCUACAUGCGGGACCUGAACGCACUGUCAGGCCUCCUGCUGGGCUGACUGCAUCCAGGGAACUGUGGGGAAUGGCCUCGUGUAACAAAGACCACGUAAUGCGGCCCAUCUCAUCCCAUCCUACUGCGGGACACUUCUCAGUGCGCUCCCGCCAUCACUGCAAAGUUUAUCUGCCUCUCCCGGGACUGCACCCACUUUAGCGUUCGUCUCCCCAAGAAUCGGUUUUGGUGAUUGUUCAUCUUCCAUGCAGGCUGGCUCGCGGCCAAGUUGCAGAGGAGCCCUCCGUGAGUUGUGUCCAUGUUCUGAGCUGAGUUGGUAGUCAGGAUCUGAUCAUUGAAACUCUUCAAGUGUUAAGUAUUAAGGAUGAAAAAAAAGUUACCUUGACCACUGUCGCAUUUAUUUUGAAACUGUCCAUUCUAAAUUAGGAAAAGAUACCGUAUCAAACUUGAAGUGAUUCUUACCUGUGUUUUCAACAGGAGUGGGGUUAUUUCAUUUCUUAUUGUCUUUGAAAUAAACAUUAUGAAAUCAGAUUCACAUUUGUACAUAGAAUGCAUUUUCCGUAUUUGUGGAGAUAUAUAUAAAAAAAUGUAGUGUUGUGAAAAAUCGACAUUGCGUUUAAGAGCCAGUGGGGAGCGAGAAUGUUUGAGAUCCCCCCUUUCUGUCUGCCUGUUGAAUCUUACCCUGGAAUAGGGCAGGGCCAGUGAAACUAGGGAAUGCCCUCCUUUCUCUCUGUGCCAGACUCCAAUCCUGUGUUUGGCUCAGCUCCCAGGAACGCCCACAAUGACAGGCUCUGCCAGGACUCCGAUGCCAGAAGGUUAUGCUGCGAUGUCGCUCCUUCCAUUUAAAAGUUGUUUGCCACCUAGCAGCCUUGCAGCCUGAGACAGCUGUUCAGCCCUCAUGUGAGAGUCGUCCGUACAUAAUUAUCUAAAAAGAGUGAGAAUUUGCCAGUGAAACAGAUGAAAGGGAUGUAUUUAAGUAUGUAAUGCCUUUAAAACGUUUUCUCCAGUUAGCAUACUGCUCAGCGGCCACAAACACUCUUCUCUUGAGUUCCCGCCCCACCCCACUUUACCAGCACAACACCUAUGAAGUCACUCGGCCCAGGGUUUAGCAACUGAUCCAUUCUUCUAUAUUUCUAGUUCCUCAGUUCCAUUGAGUUACCACCAGGGGGAGACGUGCACCGCAAAAUGAGCCUUACAGACCUGUUGAUAUUGCUGUUCUGACAUUUGACUUGCCUGAUAAGACAAACGCAGACAUCGUUGUUGUAUCGCUGUGACUGAUUCUUUUGGGACAAGGGUUACGCCUGUGUUUAGCUGUAACAUACUGCUGUUUCUGAACAUUUCUGGGAGUUUUUGUUUUUUUAAAGAUGCGGGUAAAAAUACAAGGAAAGUAAAGUUUCAGUCUCUGUUAUGCUAUAUUCUGUUUAUCUGUAUUUAAAGACAUCGAGACUAGUCCCUUGGCUAGUGUUCUGUUUAAUUUUAUAACAAUGGAAGGAUUUACGUUGUGAAUGAUGAAAAUGAGAAGACGAGGUUGAAUAUAUCGCAGCGAUUCGACAAGAUGGAGUCGAAGUGGUUUUGUAUGGAGUUAUUAAAAGAUAUGUUUUUAAAUCUUGAAA